UGGUUUCGAAUGAGUUUUGAGCAAGUAUCAAUCUAUCAUUCAUUCAUUAAUCGAUUUUAGCAUCAUCCGGCGACUUCCAACUUCGGCCAUUUUAAAAUAGACCGUCUCUCUUAGCUCACGGUUCAACGAUGGCGGACGCAGCUCCUGCCGGUGGACGUGGCGGUUUUCGCGGUGGCUUUGGUUCUCGUGGAGGUGACAGGGGCCGUGGGGGUCCACGUGGACGCGGCCGUGGUCGCGGACGUGGACGCGGUCGAGGAAAGGAAGACCAAAAGGAAUGGGUGCCAGUGACCAAGCUAGGACGCCUCGUGCGCGAAGGAAAGAUCGAUAAACUCGAGAGCAUUUACCUGUUCUCCCUGCCCAUUAAAGAGUUCGAAAUCAUUGACUUUUUCCUUGGAGCUUCAUUGAAUGAUGAAGUAUUGAAAAUUAUGCCAGUUCAGAAACAAACCAGGGCCGGUCAGCGCACACGUUUCAAGGCAUUUGUGGCUAUUGGUGACAAUAACGGGCACAUUGGUCUCGGCGUCAAGUGCAGCAAAGAAGUGGCAACUGCCAUCAGAGGCGCUAUCAUCUUGGCCAAACUGUCAGUACUUCCAGUCCGAAGAGGUUACUGGGGUAACAAGAUCGGCAAACCACAUACUGUUCCAUGCAAGGUCACUGGAAAGUGUGGUUCAGUAACCGUACGUUUGAUCCCAGCUCCCCGUGGUACUGGUAUUGUGUCAGCUCCAGUUCCUAAGAAGCUGCUCCAGAUGGCUGGAGUGCAGGAUUGCUAUACUUCAGCUCGUGGUUCUACUGGCACUCUUGGAAACUUUGCCAAGGCUACUUAUGCGGCAAUUGCUAAAACUUAUGCCUAUCUUACUCCAGACUUGUGGAGGGACAUCCCGCUAACAAAGUCUCCAUACUCGGAAUUCAAAGUCUAAACAUUGAAUUAAUAUAUGUUUGACCAUAAAA